CUUACCUCCCACUCCCACUCCCGCGCUCCCACCACUAUCCUCCACAUCUACUAUAUAGUCUUGCUACUUCCCGCCUCAUCCCCAAUCUUCCCCCCCCCUCCUUCUUCCCCUUUUCCUUCUUUGAAGAUGUCUCGUUAAAUAUACUUUGGGGGCGUUUCCUAAUAUCAGUCAGUCUCUUCGUGUCACAACCUUGGAAACAGAAAAACAGAAAACAGCAAACACGGAAAAAAAAUAUACACGGUCGUUUGGAUGGAUGCUGAUUGUGGUCAAUGGUCAAUGUCGCUACGAUUUCCUUGUCCUCUGUUAUCUUGAAAGCGUCAGUAUUCGUCAGUUAUCAGUAUACCUGCCACUGCGUAAUACACAAUACACAUUCCAGGCUGGAAAAUAGCUUGGAUUCCGCGUUAUCCCGACUUGCAGAGUGAGCCAUCUGAGGAGCAGGAGCAAUUUCUGGAUUGCACCUCGCUGAAUCGUUCUGCUGAAUCAUUCUGAACCUUCUUUAUCGCGCUUUGAUUGCAGAGCUUUCAAUAAAAGUGCCACAAACAGUGCAACUCUUCUCCCAGGCGUGCUCGUUUUGAAACCUCCUGCUGCCGCAGACUCUCUCAGACAUCCAAGAGCCUGCCAUACGUUCACUACCAAUCCACCAUCACCAAUCGACUGUUUCCGUGGCCCUCGACUGCUGCUACCCUGUUGGCAAACAGCCACGGGGCGUGGGCAUUCUUCUAAUUGGGCUUCUUCUCCCAAAUAUAUAUAAUGCACGUGACCGAAUUUCUCAAAAAUUUGACAUUCUGGGAAUGGUAUAUCUUCCUAUUUUGGCCUUAUCGAUAUGUACGUCUGAUCGUUAAUAUUAUCGGUCACUGCUUGUACAGGUCAAUACCGAAACCUCAGAAUCCAACAUACACCAAGGAAGAUGUAACGGUAGUCAUCCCUACGAUAGAGAGCAAUCUAGAAGAGCUCAGUGGCCCAAUCUCCAGCAUUCUUGCCUGUGAACCCCACGAACUGAUCCUCGUCACCACAUUCGGCAAGUAUCAUGGUCUCCUCCAGUUCGCCGCCUCCUUCGCGGACCCCCGUAUCAAGGUCUACGAUACAAAGAUCGCCAACAAGAGAGUCCAGCUGCGAGAAGCUAUCCCUCGAGUCACCACUCGCAUCACUGUCCUGGUAGAUGACGACGUCACGUGGCCAUCAACCAUUCUUCCAUGGCUUCUGGCGCCGUUCGAAAGAGAGGACAUGGGAUCUGUGGGCGUAUGCCAGCGUGUGCAGCGGGUUCGCACCGGGGAUCUCGCAACCAGUGCCUGGAAUUGGCUAGGGGCUUGUUACAUCCAUCGACGCAACUUUGAGAUUUCGGCUUCUCACUUCUACGACGGUGGUACUUCGUGCAUGUCUGGCAGGACCAACGCUGUUCGCACCGAGAUUCUCAAACAUCCGCUAUUUUUGGAUGGCUUCUGCAAGGAACGUUGGGGGAAAUACCAGCUGAAUGCUGAUGAUGAUAAUUUCUUGACGAGAUGGCUGGUUAACCACGACUGGAAGACAUGGAUUCAAUACGAGCACGAGUGCGAGAUUGAGACGACCCUUGAGAAUGACUGGUCCUUUGUGAGGCAGUGUCUGAGAUGGGCGAGAAGUAAUUGGCGAAGCAACUACACAACGUUGUUUAUCGAGAGGAAGGUAUACUGGAGUCAAUGGUGGACUAUAUACGCACUAUACUUCGCAACAUUCACAUCUUUAGGUCUUAUAACCGACCCGCUAUACUUCUACUCCUUUUAUUGUGCCUCUCAGAAUUGGGAUCAAGCUUCAGCAUGGACCGGAUGGAGUCUAGUGAUCGCUUGGUAUAUAUUCACCAAACUCGUCAAGUUGGCAGGCUUACUUCGCCAUCAUCCUUCCGAUAUCAUUUAUGUGCCGGUCUCAGUCGUAUUCGGCUUCCUCCACGGAUUCAUUAAAUUGAAGGCUCUGUGGACAUGGAACGAAACAUCAUGGGGCAAUCGUGCAGACGGCGAUAUUGACAACAGCGAGCGCAUGCAACCAACAGCAGUGCCUGCCGAGUUCAUGAUCAACCCAAUGCCCGGAACUCAAUCCCUCGUCCGCUACAAAGACGAGGUAUUGAUCUCCUGUGUCCCCAGCGGACUCCGACUGUCAAAGUCGUUGACAUACUUGGAAAAAGAACCUCUAUUUCUAGGGCUCGACGACCUCUGACUCGCAUAUUCAACGAAGAUUCGCUGCACUUGUUUUGCCUAAGCUUUCCCGAUUGAUCUCUGGAGCGCCUUUUUGCGUAAUUCGACGGCCAAAAAAUUCAGCGGGAACCACAGCACCGCUUCGGGGGGAGGGCCACACACCACAAGACUGUCCUCGAAAAAGUUAUAUUUGAUAUUUUUGGGCGGCAUUCUGCGUUUGUGUUUUUACUACCGCCGACCCAAAUUGUGAUCCCGGGCCCCUCUUCAUCGGACCUUUUGUCGUCCUGGCUGGGCUUCGAUGAGGCCAGCUUGGCCGUUUGUGGUUCUACACGAUUGGCUCUCUAACUAUUUUAUGACCUAUUAUGGAUUUAUGAAACCUGACGCGCGACGGACCGCUUCCUUAGCGGCCGUAGUUACUAUUACUUGUUCGAACUGUAUGUGUUUCCAAAAAGCGGAUUUUGCAGCAUUUGGCCCCCCCCUCCUUCUCUCUUCUUCGCACGACGACGGGGGGGGGCUGUCUAAUAUUGAGCGAAUUGAAAGCAUGUUCCUUCCUUCUAGAUAGCUAGCUUACGCAGGGAUUUUUUUUGUGGGGGGAUAUUAAUUUGAUCG